CGCACUGGCAUCUCUGGUUGCGACUGACAGCUGAAAGGCGUUCGUGAAAAAGCAAAAAAGUUGCAACUGUGCGUAGUUCGCCCAAAAAAUAAUGUUUUUCGUGAAAAAUACGUGAAAUUUGUGCACAAAAGUACGCAAUAUUCAACCAUCAGGUAAUUCUGCCCAAGUUUCAAGUGCAUGUGAGUGGGUGGCGGUGUUUUCGGUGCACAAAAUCAGCACAACAUAAGGAGGUCGCUGCGCCCCGUUUGCAUCAUCGCAAGAGGCUACUGGCUGCAAAGUUGGAAGUUUUUCUUUCUGUCCGGCAUUCGCUUUGGCUGGCUGUGUUGGUGUUCUGCCCCCGCGCGUUUCGUCUGAAAUUAUGCGGUUUCAUCCGCGAAAACUGUAGCUCAUCGGAACAUGGCUAGUCGAAACGAGUUAGAUAUGGAAAAACAAUUUUUGGCUGAGCUGGAGAAAGCCAAAGCUUUAAGUUUGGAAACGUUCGAAUUGGAAAAAAUACGCCAACAGCGUUAUUCGCAGCCCGAAACGUUGUCCAAGUCGGACUCCCGUACUCUAGCAGAGUAUAAGACCUAUCUGGAAAGAAGAGCCAAGCUCCAUCAAGGACUGCCACCUGGAUCAAAUAAUGAAAGCUCCAGAUCUGCUACAAUUUCUACGAAUACUGCCAAUUUGCAACCUGGAUAUCGCAGCGAUAAUGAUACAAGAAGCUACGCGCAAGAUAGUCGGCCACCAAGAGGGAAAGACGAGGCAGAUUUAAUAUCGUUCAAUGCUCCUCCUGCUCCUCCAAAUCCUCAGGAUGAGGCGCAUAAUAACUUGAAGGAGCUUGUAGACAAAAUGCAUCGUAUGAACACCACUCCAAAUACUUACGAGCAAAGUUUUAAAACGCAGCGCAGUUUGAGUAUGACAUCAGCUACAUCAUACGGAGCAUAUCCGCCUGCAUAUCUUCAGCAGCAGGUGGUACAAUCCUACAAUCCUGCUGCAAUGCAACUAGUUCCAUAUAAUCAACAAAUGGUUAAGCCUAAACCACUCACUCAUGAUGAAUUGAAUCGGCUUUACAAUAUGCCAGUAUAUGGCUCUCCCGCACCGCAACAGGCUGGCUACGUUACACAGCCUCAAUAUUCUGCAUCCAAUUAUUCUCAAGCUUCGAGACCUUUCCCUCCCCAGCAAGUACAUCCAAACUCUACUGCUACUAACUUCAUCCCUCAACCGGUUGCACCUACAGUGGCCACUGGCUUCAUUCCACAGCCUUCUCUCUAUUCAAACUCGACGUCACCGGUGGCAAAUCCCGAGUCCGCGCUGGUCCAUGUGCCAAAACCCGUCAUUCCCAAACUAACCCUCGACUCCCGAUCUGCAUCCCAACCGCAGCAGCCGUUUCUUCCCGCUAUUCCUGGCCCUUCAUCAAGCUCCAAUCCAUUUGCUCGAAAUUCCCCCGGCACCAGUGCAGCCGCUAAUCGGACGACCACCAGCAAUCCCAUUGCAAGCCACAGCAACAACGGGGAAGUAGUGCUGCGGCCGAAAAGCGAUCCCACCAAACUGGGCGGCGGUGACAAUCUGAUCGAUUUCGGUUUAUUCGAAGACAACUCGCGAGUGUCGGUGCUGGAAGCGUUCGAUCCGCUACUGUGCGGCAACCGGAGCAGUUCCGGCGAUGGAAGCGAAGACGACAAAGACGAUACAGCUUCAACGUACUACGAAGAUUACGAUCCGUUCGAUUACAUCUACAGCGGAGGCACGCAGUACUCGGAUCCGGUAUACGAAGCAGUCAACAGGUCGGACAAGACGCCUCUGUCUCCGAACAGUAGCGGUUCGGGACCUCCACCGAUCGGAUGGAAUGUUUCCAGCGCCUAUGGUUUCGGAGAGCCUGAGUUUCAGGAGGGUGAACCUCCGCCAUUACCUCCGAGAAACAGCGAUUUGUAUCAUUCGAUGUCUGGAGGCGGUGGUGGAGCGGCGAGCCAUCAAGGUCCUGCCACUUCCGCCGGUAGCAACUAUGAGCUCAUGCAGACUCCUACUGUCCAACGACGAUCGGUUCCGACUAAGUUGUACGAAAAUGUGGUGAUUCGUAAGAGCUACGAUAAGGAAUUGAUUGCGUUCUAUAAUAUGGUGAAACAGUUAAGAGCGCAAUUCCGCUAUGACGACCCGGAUACUAACGUGGGACACAUCGUGGCCUCCGAAUUUGACAAUCACUACCCUGAUGGGACCAGUAUUAAACUUUUAGUGCAUCCAUCACUGGACUGUUUUACGUCGUUUGAUAGCCAAAACAAAGGUCAAAUCGAUGGCUACGGUCCUCCAAUUCCAUUUACUUGUGAUAUUACAACAUCGGUCGAGCACGUGAUUGCCCAAGUAUUCUGUGCUCUGGAGGGCCAAAUCAUGAACAGUGUUGCAGACUACGUACUGAAGGCGAUCGGCAUGCAGGAAAUUCUCAGCACCAGUUCGAAAUUAAAUCAGCUGCAGUGCGUCCACAACAGCAUCAAACUGGAGCACGAUGUACAGCUAGGUUUCGUACCGAAAACACCUCGAAUCAUGCGAACUAUUGCUCGUACGUCACAAGACGACCAACGGGACGCAGAGAUUCGGCUGGAGCACAUUUUACCGAAGGAAGCUACCUCAGCAGUUGGCUACGAUCAGUUAAUGAUCUUGCUGGAAACACUCGAAGCGGAAAUCGACAAACUUCUUUCGACAGCCGACGACCAUAGCCCUCACACGAUACUUAGCUGCUCCGGAGUAACCCAGGCGGUAAAGGCAAUCUGCGCCAUGCUGGGGAAAAUCGAUACAUUAGACAUAACCAAAUCUGUCGACGAUCUGAAAACGUGCUGUGAUAGUGGUCAGACAAUAUAUAGCUACAACGACUCCUCAAACUACAAUAAUGGAAGUUUGAGUAUAGUAUCAGAGAGUGGAGACUACGCCGAGGUCAAAUUGCGCCCCAGAACCUUUAGUGAACAGAUUCGAUAUCGCUGCAACGAAGUGCGCAUUGCCAUCCAGAGCCUACUGGAAAUCUACUCACAUGCAUUCCGUGUCACCUUCAUGGUCAAUGUUCCCGAGUGGAACACCAAUCCUAUUCCGAUAAACAAGAUUUCACAGUCAAUUAUGGUAAACGUUAUGUGUUUGCAUCGAAUACCAGAGCUUUGGAGGCACGACGAAUACAACUUGGGCGUGCAGAUCUAUCACGGAGCGCGCUACAUCAGCGAACCAUUGGUAACCUACUGUUCGAACGAACGAACAGGAACUUACCCCAGAUUGACGUUCAACUCUUGGCUAACGUUUAGAAAUGCGGUGGUUACAUUACCACGGGAGUCGAGAUUAAUUUUUGUGUUGUACGGUGUGACACGCGAGCCCAUUGAGGGGGACAAACAAGACGGUGCGUCAAAUGCAGAUCCCAACACACAAGAAGGCAAAGUAAUGAAAACCGAAUUGGGCUGGUCCGCAAUUCAGUUUUUUGACUUCGAGCGAAAAAUGAUCCAGGGAUCGUACCUUCUUCCGUUGUGGCCACCGACUGCGGAAAAGUAUUUCGGUCCAGCGCCAGCCAAAGGAACUUAUCCUAUGGGAGAUGCCUAUCCCAUAUUGGGAAUCGAAAUUCCCAGCUACGGUGGAUCGGUUGUAUUUCCUGAACCCAUAAAAAACACUCCGCCAGCGGUAAAACUCGACUUCAACAGUUUGGAUCGCAAUCUCCAGCAGGAACUGUUCGACACAGCGGAACAAGGCUACUCCGCUGACAAACUGGAAAAGCGGGAAGUUCUUUGGGAAAAACGCCACUAUCUGCACUCAUUACCUCAUGCUUUGCCUAAAAUUCUUCACGCCGCCCACAGCUGGGACUAUGCCUGCCUCGAAGAUCUACACGCCUUCCUAAAAUCUUGGCCAGCAUUGACACCUGUUCAAGCGUUGGAACUUCUUCUCCCACGAUAUCCUGAUCUAGAAGUACGGCGCCAAGCAGUCGACUGGAUUGCACGCAUGCCGAACGACGAAUUUGUUGACUAUCUUCCUCAGCUCCUCCAAGCGCUGAAACAUGACACGUACGAAGCAUCACCAUUAGCUCAUUUAUUAUUAUGCAAAUCACUCCAAUCACCACGCAUAGCACAUCACCUAUACUGGCUACUCUUGCAUAGUCUCCCGGGGGACGCCCCACAGAACAUGAUAGAAAUGGGUCCAUCCGACGAAGCCCUUGUGAUCCAGGCUCGUUACCAUAGAAGAAAUCAGCUAAUGCUGCGAGCACUAUUGGCCACAUGCGGGGAGAAGCUGACGGCACGAUUCCUCUCACAGAACAUGAUGUGCAAAAAGCUCGGCGAGGUGGCUCAAAGUGUCAAAAUGUGUAAAGAAUCCCAACGGCUGCAAAUUUUGAAGCAAGGUCUCGAAUCGGUAAAUCAAAUGUUGAUCGACAAUCCAACGGUGCUACCCUUGGGACCGGGCAACGAAGUGACCGGCGUUGUGGUCCGCAGCUGUAACUAUUUCAAUUCCAACACACUACCUCUGAAGGUGAACUUCAUGGGCCCGGACAAGGCUGUCGUGCCGGCCAUCUUCAAGAGCGGUGACGAUCUGCAGCAGGACAUGCUAACGAUUCAGAUGGUGCGCAUCAUGGACAAGCUGUGGCUGCGCGAAGGGCUCGACCUAAAAAUGGUCACAUUCAACUGCGUCCCGACGAGCUACAAGAAGGGCAUGAUCGAGAUGGUGUCGGACUCGGAAACGCUGCGGAAAAUACAGGUCGAGUGGGGCCUGACGGGUUCGUUCAAGGACAAAUCGAUAGCCGAGUGGCUGGCCAAGCAGAACCCUAGUCAAUUAGAGUACCAGCGGGCUGUGGAGAAUUUUACUCGUUCCUGUGCCGGCUACUCGGUGGCAACGUAUAUUCUCGGCAUUUGUGAUAGGCAUAAUGACAACAUUAUGCUCAAAACCUCGGGACACCUGUUCCACAUAGAUUUCGGUAAAUUCCUAGGCGACGCACAAAUGUUUGGUAAUUUUAAGAGGGAUCGCACUCCGUUCGUCUUGACCUCGGACAUGGCGUACGUGAUAAACGGGGGCGACCGGCCAUCGGCCAAGUUUCACAAGUUCGUGGACCUGUGCUGCACCGCGUUCAACAUUGUGCGCAAGCAUGGCGACCUGAUACUGCACAUGUUUGCCCUGAUGACGACCUCGGGCAUUCCGGGCGUGACGGUCGAGGCGGUUAACUACGUUCGCAAUGCGCUGCUCCCGGGACAGUCCAACCCGGAAGCGGCGGCAUCGUUUGCCAAAAUGAUUCACAUAUCACUCAAGUCGUGGUUCACGCAGUUCAAUUUCUUUCUGCACAACAUUGCGCAGAUGAAGUUCUCGGCCGAGAACGACGACGGUGAGCUGUUGAGUUUCGUGCCAAGGGUUUACACGAUGGCCCAGGAUGGACGUCUGAAGUCCGUCACCGUGCACGGGUUUCAAAAGCGCUAUGAUCUGGAAAAAUAUUACACCUACAUCCUGAAGGUGACCCGCCAAAACCAACCGGAUCCCGCGUAUCUGUUUCGAUCGUACAAGGAGUUUUGUGAGUUUCAUCAGAAGUUGUGCAUCCAUUUCCCGUUGGCAAAGUUACACAGUUUACCGUCCGGCAUUCACGUGGGUCGAUCAAACAUCAAAACUGUGGCCGAGCGUCGUCUUCCAGAGAUUCGUCAGUUUUUGAUUUCGUUAUUCAACUCGGCGGAUGAAAUUGCACAUUCCGAAUUAGUUUAUACAUUCUUCCAUCCGUUGCUUCGCGAUCAGCAGGAAGCGGACAUCCACGCCACAAAAGUAAAAGGGAACCGCGUCAUUGCGGAUGAGUAUCAACAGUUGCGCGGUGAAAUUAAAUUUUCGCUGCAAUACCAUCGAGAUGCACUGAUAGUGAUGAUACAGCACGCCAGAUCCCUGCCAAGCCCCCCGAAUAACCCGGAACCGAAUACCUAUGUGAAGGUGUACUUGCGACCGGAUCAGUCGAAAGCCACCAAACGCAAAACGAAGGUAGUCAGGAAAAACUGUAAUCCUAGCUUUAUGGAAACUCUUGAGUACCGACUUCCGUUGGAAUUCAUUCAGAAGAAAACGCUGGAGGUGACAGUUUGGUCGCACGAUUCGUUACAGGAAAAUGCAUUCCUGGGAGGUCACCGGCUGGUCCUGGCCGAUCUGGAUCUACGAUAUGAAAUCAACGAAUGGUUCCCGUUGGGUUACCUGACAAGGGCGUAGUAUGCUCAGGCCCAAAUUACUUCAAGUGCAUUUCGAAUUGAGCUUUCUUUGAAUUGAAUGAUUGGAUAGGAUGAUUGUUACGAGUCUUGAAUUGUAGUGGUUAGUGCCGAAAAUGACAGGGCAAGCAAAUAGUUGAUUUAUGUUUUCACAUUGCAAGCAAUAACACUAACAGGUGAAUAGGAUUUACAAAAAGUGUUGGUUCCGACACAGUUUGAAACAGGUUAGCUAACAAUUGGGUGUUCCAACAGUUCUUCAAAAUUUAUAUCGAAAGGCAUUCGCAUAUAUCUAUUUGCUAUCGUGUUCAAAAAUUUAGUGUUGCCCUCACAGUGAGUUGUCUCGACAAUUAGAAGUUUUUUUUAGCAAUCGUGAUAUACCACUCUAAGAUGAAAGAAAACUAAUACAUUCGAUUAUUAUAACUAUAGUAUUGUUAGGGCCAGUUUCAUGAGAAUAUAUAUGUAUAUAUGUUUGUGUUUCUUUGCUGCUAGUUAUUUUUUAUCAAUUCUCAACUGCAGAAUUAUUCGACAUGCUUGGUGGUUGUCACGUAAAAGAAAAAGAAAUACAGGUUUAAAAGUGUUAUUUCAUAAUCCAGAGCAUAUUUUGUGGAUUAUUUUAUGCUUAUUUGCGGUAUAAUGUAUUUAUUUUAUCCAACAGAUGAAUGAUAGAUUCAGCUUCGAUGUGUAUCGCUGAAGAAUGUUAAUACCAUGGGUUCGAGGCCUGAGGAAUAUAUUGAAAUUUCUGAAUGUGAA